GACAGUUCGACCUUCUUUUGCUUCAUAAGUAGUACUGGCGGUCAAUCUCUUCCUCGGCCUCUCCCCGCGUUCGUCCUUGCUCCUCUUGGCCAUUGCGAUCACUUCCGACAAGUCGUCGAUCCUCCCCUUCUCUCAUCCUUAUCACUUCUUCUACAUAGACCGCACUCGGUCUUUGUCGUUGUCGUUGUCGUCGUCGUCGUCAUCGCCACCGCCUCGUCGACCUUUGCAUUCACACUCGGUCAGCUCGGUCGGGUCACUCUCACUCCUUCCACACCCACAUCCCUUUGACCCCUUCGACCACCACCCACCACUUUACUCGCACGACAAUGUCCCAGCCGCGCAUCUUUGCCCCGGCCGACGUCAAGAAGAGGGCCUCGCGUAAGGCUUGCUGGGUUACCAGUGAGAACAAUGUCUACGACAUCACCCCCUUCCUCGACGACCACCCAGGAGGUGAGGCCUUCCUCCUCCAGUACGCUGGCCGUGACCUCGAGGAUGUCAUGACCGACAAAUUUUGGCACGAGCACUCGCCUUCGGCAUUCGAGAUGCUCGAGGACUUCAAAAUUGGUGUCCUUGUGCAAGGGGAGUCGACAGUCUCUGAUGACUGGGUGCCUGAUGAGAACUUCCACCCCGACGAGACCAACACCAAGGCCGACUUUGACAAGAACAAGUUCCUUGACCUGUCAAAGCCCCUGUUGGCACAGGUGUGGAGUGCUCCUUGGUCCAAGGAGUACUACCUCGAGCAGGUCCACAACCCGCGCCAUCUGAAGGAGUCGGCUCGUCUCUUCGGCUAUGACUUCCUGGAGGCUUUCACGCGUACCAAGUGGUUUGUGGUUCCCCUGUUCUGGGGUCCCAUUACCGGCUUCCUCUUCUACCUCUCGCUCCUCCAGUUCACCGACUCGUCGAUUGUCGCUGGCGACAUCCUGCAGUGGCCGCUGCCCCGUCUUCCCACUGUGGCGUCUUCGGCGUUCGCCAAGACCAUCCCUUGCUUCCUCCUCGGCAACCUCAUCUGGACGCUCCUCGAGUACGGCCUCCACCGUUUCCUCUUCCACAUCGACGACUACCUCCCCGACGCCAACUGGGCCUUGAUGCUCCACUUCCUCCUCCACGGUGUCCACCACUACCUGCCCAUGGACCGUCUCCGCCUGGUCAUGCCCCCUCUCCUCUUCUUUGUGCUCGAGACCCCGUUCACCCGUCUUGCGCACCUCAUCUUCCCCAAGGCGGUCGCCAACGGCAUCAUCGCCGGUGCUUUCACCUUCUACAUCCUCUACGACUGCAUGCACUACGCCCUCCACCACACCCGCCUUCCUCAGUACCUUACUGAGAUGAAGCGCUACCACCUUGCUCACCACUACAAGAACUUUGAGCUUGGCUUUGGUGUCACCUCGAAGCUUUGGGACUGGUGCUUCAACACCCUGCUGGUGUAAAUGACGAUUGUCAAGAGAAGGGAGGUGAACUGCCGUUCGCAGAUCCUUUCCCCGACUCCAAGGAGCACCUGUCUUUCUUGCUUCAUCCCGAUUACAGUUAUAGAAAAGCAACCGCUCUCAGGCAGGUGCCCAUUCCUGUAGUGGCCCCUGUUGCGAUAGAUACCAAUGUAUGUGGAUGUGUAUAGG